UUUAGAGAGAGAAAAAAAGUACAGCUGUUGUCCCAAUCACUGUGGCGGGCAUACUUAAUGCACAAUAUCAAUCUGAUGUAGACGCUUUUGUACUGAAUGAAGCUUCAAUGCACCAGGUAUUGUUUCUUGAUGUUCUUAACCCCUCGUUUAUCCAUUGAAAAUGUUUUUGUUGCUUCAGAUCCUGCUUCCAAACUUGCAUGUUUUUGUAAAAAUAGAAAAUACCAACUUAUUCUGUGUUAACUUAUUAACAACUUAUUAUUCUGUGUUGUUCUAUUAAUAAAAGCUUGAUUUUCUAAGGCUGAGAAACGCUAUUUCGUGCAUUCUUAAUCCUAAUCCUAACCCUAAAAGUUUAAAAAUAGUAACUCCCCCUAAAACUUGACUCAUGUAUUGAGCUUUCAAAUUGAUAUCUUGUCAAUUGAAUGUAAAUAUUGAAAAGCUAGCUGACCAUUAUUAGCCAAUGUCAGAGCAUCAGCACAUUUGAUCAGACAUUUGUCGGACCCAAGCGAAAUGGGCAUUUCCAGCUAUAGACUAAAUUUUGAUCUAGGCAAGAAGAACAAAAUCCAUCACCACAGCUGGAAAGAGCAUGUUGAAAUUAGUAAAAUUGCAAAGUUUGGUUGCGAAACGUUGUAAAAUGAAGAAAAUAUAGCCCUACGAAAUUUGCAAAUUUUAUAUUAAUUUGUAUUACGCACGGGAAUUUGCACCACUUUCGGCCCAAAUGUGGUGCAUUUUCCCGUGCGUAUACAAAUUAAUACAAAAUUCGCAAAUUUCGCAGAGCUAUAUUUUCCGCAUUUUACAACAUUUCGUGCCCAAACUUUGCGAUUUUACUAAUUUUAACAUGCUCUUUUCAGCUGUGGUGAUGGAUUUUGUUCUUCUUGCCUUGAUCAAAAUUUAGUCUAUAGCUGGAAUUGCCCAUUGUUAUAAUCCACGCUGUUGUCUGGACGGUUGCACGAAGUUGUCAAGGCCUCAGCAUGAUUUACUUUCUCUAACAUUAUCGCUUUGUGUUCCCAGGUGACUUUCAUUGGUAUGGUGUCGUCAGUUACGGAGAAUCGAACACAUUUGUCGUUUGAAAUUGAUGAUUUGACUGGAGGAAUUGUCUCAGUCAAGCGUUGGCUUGAUCAAGAUGUAUGUACAUGAUGUUUGUGAUGUUACUCUGAGUGUGCGUCCACACCGGGCAAGCUGAAAAGUUUGCCUGACCACGGUGUGAAACGAACCUGCGAGUCCAAUGCUCUACCAACUGAGCUACGAGGUCAAGUCGGUUCAAGUUGGUGAUAUUUCGGAACUGAGUCUAGUUCCUUCGAUAUCAUUGUAUUCUAAGAUAUGAUACCUUGGAGUAUUAUAAGUAUAACCCAGUUGCACGAGGAAAUAUAGUGGCAUAAAAAACAUGGGAAAUCUCCGUAAAUGUUAACAUGCACUAAUAAAGCAGUAAGGAAUGAGCUAAAUAACCCUGCCCGGGCAGUGCAAUUGUGCACAGGGCCCGGGCAGUGCAAUUGUGCACACGGAGCAAGGUAACAGCAAAUGACGCUGGCAAUAGCUGCGGGAUUCCAAAUGAGCAAUGAGGUACUGACAAACAACACUAAUGAUAAUGAUUCGUGUUGCAGGCCUAAGGCAAUGCUAUAUUGAUAGGGCAACACUGCAGAGAUAAGACAAGGCUAUAGGCACAAGGCAAUGCAACAGGGAAAUGCAAUGCUAUGGAGGAGGGGGGGGGGGGGCUGUAGAUAUAAGGCAGUUGGGAUAAGACACUGUUUAACGCUACAAUGAUAAUGUUGCAGGUCUAAGGCAAUGCUAUAGUGAUAUGGCAACACUGUAGAGACAAGGCUAUAGGGAUAAGGCACAGCAAUAGGCUAAGGCAACAUGGCAUGUACGCACGCACCACCAGCAAACUGGACCGAUAUGUAACAGGCAUAUGGGGGAAAUGAUAACCGGAUAAUAACCGAACACUAAUGGUGAUACUUGGUCAAUACUUCACUAUCCGGAUCCGGCACAUCUCUAGCAAUCUGUAACCUUGAGUAAACAUUUCCAAAUAUGAAUACUAAGGGAAUUGUUGGGUGGUAACAAAAGGAGGCACAUGUCAAAUUUAAAUUGAUCAAUCAAUACGAUCAAUCGAUAUUAAUCCAUUGUCAAUAACGAUUAAUCGAUUAUGAAAAUGAACCGGUGGGUGCAACUCUAGAAAAGCUUAUGAAUAUUCCCACAGAAGAGGGAGGGGCGGGCUCGUGCAAGUACAGUAUCUAGCAAGCAGCAGAGCACACAUGACAUCUAAUGUAAGUGUGCCCACCUUUAUAUAGGCAUGACGUCAACAACCCCUAGAUCUGUCGCUGGGUCCCCCCAAUAACACUCUCACGCCAUCUGUCAACUAUCUUUAUUGCAUAAUUCCAUAUGUAAAUAUGUAAACAAAGCGAGUGCACCAUAGCCACCUCUGAGGUUAACCGCCACCUAUAAUUUAGGGCGCUUUCCAUUAACACGGCCAGACCGCUCAGAACGGUCAAAUUGUUGAAUGGAGCACAAAACGUUUGGGCUUGGGCCUAUAUCUGGCCGGAGAAUUUAGAUAAAAUUAGAAUGAGGUCCAUUUUCGCUAGAUAUUUGAGAAACAUAGACCAGAUCUUUCCAUUGAUACAGAGGAAAAAAUUCGGGUCUGACCAGUCAGGCCAUUAAAUGGAAAGCGCCCUUAGAAGUAUUUUUUGUGCGAGUUAUUGUGCAGCUAUUUAGACAAUUUAAUGUACUCUUUUGUAGGAGAAUGCUGAAGAAUACGAACGAGCCAGGUUCAGGUAAUUUGUUUUGUUCAUUAGCGAAACCUACAAUGCCCAACAUGGCGUGCUAUGGAGUUUGUUUCUGUUACUAGAGGUGCGCCAAUGCAGGAUGCGAAUAUUCAAGAUUUUUAGUUGUACUUCCUUUCAUAGGCUGAUUUACUUGGGGGGGGGGGGGGGUUAAUCCCCCUAGAAUCUCUCUAACCCCUCUUAUAAAGUGUUCAACUUUAUACGUUCAACAGUAUGUGUUCAACAGUCUUUAACCCUAACGCCUAACCCUCCUUUUAAACGUACAGUAAGAUAAUCGUUUAGUAACCUGAAACUAAGAUUUAGAACAAGAAAGAGCAAAUUUACAAAAAUAUAAUCAACUAGUAAUGUGAUGUUGUAUUGUUGUCACUUGCUUACAUUGUUGGAAUGUCGUAGCUUGACCCAUAAUCCCCUUCUUUUCGUGGGGACCUACUGUAACUCGAAUCGUAAAAUCGGACUUUUGGUGAUCGAGUAAUUGAUCACAAUUAAAAUAGCUCGGUCGCAGGGUGCGAUAAUUCACGUACUUACGUACCGGAGGUACGCUAAUAUUACGGUACUCUUGCUAUCUGCGUACUUACUUACGCGGAACUCUUGCUAUCUGCGUACUUACUUUUUGCUGGCACCAUAUGACCUUUCCAAGCUCAAGGUAUUUAGUACCGUAAUUUAGUUGGCAUAUCAUGGUCUGAGAUGUCUCGGCAUAAAACAUGAUUGGACUGAUGGCACUAUACAAAUGCUGGCGUCGAAUUUUUGUCUAUGCGUGUAAUUGUGCUUCUUGUUUUAACUCGUAGCAGGGUUCGUAGAAAACGUGAAAGUCCUUGAAUGUCCUUGAAUGUCCUUGAAUGUCCUUGAAUGUCCUUGAAUUUGAAAACAAAAAUUCAAGGAUUUGAAUAUCCUUGAAUUUGUAAAGAAGUACUUAAGAGUCCUUAAAUUCUUCUUGCUUACUUUAGUUUACGGAUAUUUUUUGAAAUAAUAAUUGUUUGACAUUCGAAACGGAUAUUUUGUUGAACUGAUUUUGCAUGUUCAUAUCGGACAAAGCUGUAAUUUUACAGAUUUCUAACGCCUUCUCUUCAGUAUUUAGUCCUUGAAUUUGCUGAUACAUGACCUUGAAUGUCCUUAAAAAGUCCUUGAGUUUGACUCUUCCUGACAUGGACGAACCCUGUCGUAGUUUGAAUAUACUUAAUCUCAGCCCCUGUAUUUUGUAUACUUUAUUUUAAAGACUAAGUACACAUCGAGUAUUGAGUUUGUACUAGCGCAAAUACGGCAAUGAUCAUUGGCGUACCAGUCAGGUACAGUAGGUACGACUAAAAAUCUUGAAUUAUCGCACUCUGUCGUGGUGACAUUUCCAUUUCUUUGCAUGGGGUCUUUGUAGUAUUGUUGAAAUUUGUUCGCGUUUUGCUCUAUAAUUUAACAUGUGAUUUUAAAAUGUGUUCACAUGCUUUCCUUCAUACCUGGUGAUACACAGUUGACAUUGCCCCAGUGUCCCGACACUGGCUGUAGUGUAAACGGUUAGUCGAAUCUAGAAACUUUAGCGAAUCCGGAAUCAUUCGCUAUGGUGUAAACGAGGUCUUAUUUUCAUCUUUCUUUUUUCAUUUUCCCUGCUAGGGAAGACACCUACGUUCGUGUGUUUGGUUAUAUUAAACGUCUUGAUGAUGAUAAGAAACACGUUGUCGCUUUCGCUAUGCGCCACGUGACAGACUUUAAUGAAAUAACCUUUCACAUGUAUGAUGUUAUUCACGCCGCGCUUUCCAUGCAAAAGGUAUGUAAUUUAUCUAAGUAUAUGUGCAAUUCGCCAUAUUCGGAAAGUUCAACAUUAUGCCAGAGAGGAAUAAUAUGAUUAAUGCACAAGAUAUUGUUCCAUCUGCUUGAACUAUAAAUAUGGGUAAAUCCACUUCGAAAAGGUUGUGUGCUAGACACCCACUGUAGAGAAGUCCAGCAUCACCCUAACAAAUCUGCUCGACCAGAUAUUUUCUGCUUUGAAUAGCGAUUAGCGGAACUUCAAUCUUCUGUUAACGCUUUCGAUUUCUUGAAACGAUUUAAUUGAUUUGUAAGUUUACGAGAAAAUACUCAGAAAAUACUCAUGCUUUAGUUAAAUAUCUUGAUUAAUAUCUAAAACAUGUCGAUGUUGUUAUGCAGCCAUGUUUUCAAAUAUACUGUACUUUAACAAGCAAAUUUAUUGUACUGUUGCCACGGCAACUGUCCGGUCACCCAAACGUGACAAAAAGCCGAUAAACUUUGUAAACAAAAUCUAUUGUAAAACGUAACAGAACGGCGAACAUGCAGAUUCGGCCAUCGCAAAUAAUGGUAAUGUUGGGAUAGUACCGUUGCAGACUACAGGGGAGAGUAGACAGUAAGGUUUCCUCAUGCACCACCCGAUGGAAUACCUGCACUUUGCGGAUGAGGCUAGAUCCUCCCCUGCAACCAAUCCUGACUGAUUUCAUGCUGCAAUAUGUGUACCUGUCAUAUAAGAACCACUUCAGCCUGUCAACAAAAAUAGUGGUUCUUUUAUGCGUGUUUUUUAUACCCAUGGCCGUUGUCAUGACAAAGUAAUAUCAGUCCAGAAAUACCAGAAUUAGUCAGGCAGAUAGAGGAUCAAAAUUAUGGAAAACUUACUUUAUCGUGGGACAAUUCCAUUUUGCCUUCAUAUUGUGCCCUGAAGGCUAGUAAGUACGUUUCUGUAUGUUGGCCGCGUUAAAAUUUCUUCUGGGUUCCUGCCGACACGUUUUUCUUCGAAUUUUGUAUUAAACUCUAUUACAGUUAAAAAAUGUAAAAUUUCUGAUACAUUUCUAAUACCAAUGACUUGCAUCAAUAGAAAGCUAACAAAAAACUACAUAUAAGACAUUUAAAUGGUUAGUUGGGAUUUUCAAGCGGUUUUCGAGUUAUUGCCGUUUCAAAUGUGAAAAAUAAGCCAAAAUCUCGCAAAAUUCCUGGGUACUAGUCUGAAAACACGCAUUCAACAACUCAUAACUCAAGAAGAACUUGAAAAACCCGGGUAACCGUUUAAAUGUCUUAUAUAUAGUUUUUUGCCAGCUUUCAAAUUAUGUAAGUCAUUUGUGUUAGGCAUGUAUUUGAAAUUUCACAUUUUUUAACUGUAAAAGAGUUUAAUACAAAAUUCGAAGAAAAACGUGUCGACAGGAGCACACAAGAAAUUUUAACGCGGCCAACAUACAGAAAAGUACUUACUAGCCUUCAGGGCACAAUAUGAAGGCAAAAUGGAAUUGUCCCUCGAUAUGGUAAGUUUUUUCCUUCUAUCUGCCCGACUAAAUAUGCCUAUACCGUAUAUAAAUUUCCGUAUUUAUUUCUGUUGCAGCGUAUGAAGGAGGAAGCCACCACUCCUGACACCACCACCAAUUUUGGAAACAACAAUUCGUUCACUGCUCAAAGAGAUCAAUUUGGGCCACAAACUGGAAGCAUGUCCAAUGCUCAGAAAAGGGUAUUAAACAAUUUCUAUGUUUUUAUAUAAUGAUCUAUUCUCAGACUAUUAAAUGUUUUAUUUAUACAACACUUCGAACUGUUUACGCUGGCAUGUACGGAACCCCGAUUUCCGCCUAGACGUUCUCCUUAACACGCGGGCUGUAUACCCGGAAAGUGUAAGGCAUUCAGGUAACUGGUGAUCACGCAUGUGGAGGAGCACUGGAAGAAUGUAACGCCUUACAUUUUUUGGUUAUACAGCACGCAUGUUAAACUAAGUUCGUCUCCGGAAGAGAGUGCUAAUUCAGCCAAAAUUAUGUCGAUAUGUCCUUAGCCAUAAGGCCAUAACCUUCGAAAGUUUUUAAGUUGUCCUUCUGACAGACAGGCGAACUACCACACACAAGCAAACCGAGAUGAAAAAACCUGGCAGCAGUGAAUGUCAGCAUUUUAUUUGUGAAUAAUUUUUAGGUUUACGAAAUGGUGAACCAAGCUAAGUCACAAGAAGGAAUAUACGUCGGUGAUCUAGUGAAAAGAUUGAACAUGCCUGAGCAGGGUGUACGGUAUGUGCCCUGUAUUGUAAAAGGUCUUGAACAUAAGCUUAGACUACAAUCUUCCGGAAAAUGCGAUAUGAGCUCCACCUUUGAAUUUACAAAAUAUGAGUAAAUUGUUAAACACGUCCGAAAUUAUCAAUACAAUAAGUACACCUUUUCUGUAAUUACGUCAUGAAUUCGUUCUUAGCCUGUGUAAAUGAGAACCUGAUUAGCUUCUUUAAUUAAGUAGUUUUUUACGCAUUGCCCCCCAAUAGAUGUUCUGCCCCAGUCCGUAUAUUAGGUCUAAUAAUGGACCUAUCACCUAAUGAACAAAAUUUUGAUCUAGACAAGUCUAGACAAAAAUUUCAUCACAACUUGAAAGAGCAUCACAAAAUUAGUAAUAUUCCGAAGUUUCGUUGCGAAAUGUUGUAAAAUGCGGAUAAUAUAGCCCUGCGAAGUUUGCCGUUUUUCAGUCAUUUUGUAUUACGGACAGAAAAUUGAUACCGCUUUCUGAAAAAAGGUAUCAAUUUCCCAUGCGUAAUACAAAAUACAGGGUGUAUCUAAACAUUUAUAUACAAAUGUUGGGCACACUCAGAAUAGCAUCAUCUCGCAUAACUUCGCCUGCAUGGUGUCUGCAUGUCAACGCCUUGCCGAAAGUUGUGGGUUUUCUCCGGGCUCUCUGGUUUCGUCCUCCCAUAGUUAGGAAAGUAAUAUUACGAUUGUAAGAUUGUUGUAAAGAUAAAUACUGAUCAUGUAGUCUAGGCAAAGUAUGUAAUACAGGUACGCGUCAUUACUGGAUGUUUAAUGAAGUUGAAUAUGUUGGAAAGAGACAGAUAGUUAAAAUCGAACAACUGGCAACUUAGAUCGCGCUCGCUGUUCGCGUUUCGUUCGAGGCCGACUUGUGGCAAGUCUACUGCCGUAAUGGCAACUAAGCAAGACAACAAUAACUUGGAACACAUUUUUGUGGCAUAUAUUUUGGGCAGAGAAGUGCUCGAAAACAGUUCCGGCCGAACUGUCUAGAGGCUCUCGCUAACCUAAGUUUUAUCUAGAGAAACAGGCGAAUCUCUAGACUGCAGAGGGCAUGCUUGACUCUGUGCAUGUCGUUCAGCGAGUUGAGACCUACAGUAGUUGGACUGGUGAACAACUAUUGGUAUAGGGCACAUUACCCAGGGUACUCAAAGCUGGCUGAGGAUACAUGCAAAAACUGUAGGUUGUUCUAGAGGAACAGGCGGACCUCUAGAUAACAGGGGAACAGGCGAACCCCCGUUCAGAUCCGUCAGGCCGUCGACAUUGAGACCUAGUUGGACUGGUGAACAACUAUUGGUAUAGGUCACAUUACCCCAGGCCGCAACUGAUAACCUGACUGAUCACAUCGAGUCUCUAGGACUGCUCAUUCAGGUCUUCAGUGCGACCUGAAUGAGCAGUGAUUGCGCUUCACGUAGUGAAGUGUUGUCCAUCGUACAGCACUUCCCUGCCAGUAUAUAAUUAUUUAUUGCAUUUCUUCACAUAAGUGGGUUACAAAUCUAUGAGUAACGUGCUUAGCUAUAUACAGGAAUAUUCAUUUUUCUAAUUAACAGUCCUUACAACACGCCAUAUUAUAGAGACGCAGAUUGGUGUACAUGAUUAUUGGGAGGUGGGUGGGUUUUUUAAAUUUCCACUUUGCCAAGGUUUGGUCCCUUAAAUUAUUAGCCAAAACUUUUGCCAGAGAUGUUAACGCACUGGCUAAAGUCUUGCGAAUGAGCAGUGCACGUCGGCACUGCGAUCAAAAGUCUUUGCGCAAAGAGGGGGGCCAUUGUACGUAUGCACGUGAAGGAAAAACCUUCAGGAUAAUUUCUGAUUGGUUAAUCCCAAGUUUGCAUCAGUUGUUCACAUGCCUAGCAGCCAAAGUUCGAUCUUUAUCUGAUAUUUUGUAAUAUUAACAGGACUAGAAAACGGUUCCCUUGUUCUGCCAAGGUACUUGGACCUUGUACGUAUCUUGUACGGAUUAAUUGCUGUGACGCAGAUGCGUUGGCAGACUGAAAACACCCUCGGGCAGAUAGAACCUUCUAGAACAUAUUACUCCAUUAACCGCAAUUUAUAGCUUUGCUUAAAUUGAUUAUAUUCCGUCACUGAAAAGCCCCAAUGGUGAGUGAACUGGUUAAUGCGUGUAUGAAUUUUCCGUGCCGCGAAUUUUCCGUGUGUAAAGGGCCUUGUAUAUGUCUUGUAUAACCUCUAUCGAAACCUUCCCUACAAGCGUAAUGCUAAGAAUGGAAUGCAUGAUGGUCAUAUUUUGAAGUUUCACUCACAAUAAUCAUCUUGUUUGGAUUAUUAUUUUGCAGAGAGGCCCUCGAACACCUGAGCAACGAAGGCCAUAUCUAUUCCACGACAGACGACGACCAUUUCCGAUCCACGAAUUCAGCCGACGAAUAAAUAGGUAAUAUAUAUGUACCAUUUUCAUUCACAUACCCUGGAGAGAUAUUGGACAGAUAUGUUCCGUUGAAAACAGAUACUAGAACUCCAUUGGCAUCAGUUGUGUGCGUCAUUUCAAAGACUGUAAGAAAUAGUGUAAAUAAUGAUAUUACAUAUGGUCAAUCAAGAUAUGGUCUGGAAAGUGGGCAAAAGUCCUUUUUUUUUUAAUUUUUAACUCUGUGUGCAUGGGCAUAUAUGACGAUUUGGUGGGCACUGGGACGAAAUUAUGAAUAGUAUUAACAUGGCCUCAAAAAUCGUGGAAAAUGUUAAUCCGGUCAGGUGGGAUGAAGCGUUCAUAUGGAAACCUGAAAUCCCACCCAUUUCUCAUAUUAGUCAGGCAGAUAGAGGAUCAAAAAUGAAAGAAAAAAACUCACCAUAUAUCGGGGGACAAUUCCAUUUUGCCUUCAUCUUAUGUCUUUAAUUAAGGCUGAUAUUCUGUAUGUUGGUGGCGUUCAAAUUUCUUUUGGGCUCCUGCCAUAGAUAUGUUAUAUACACUAGAUAGCGCAUCUCUUUUAGUAAAAUUGAAGCCAAGAAUAUUCCAGCGGUUACCACCAUUUGAUAGAUGGCGGCCAUGUUGGUAAUUCCCACUCGCUAAUAAACGCUUAAAAAAAACAACAAUAACUUUCAUCAUUUGAAUAGUUUAGAAAAGUUACCUUAAUGUUAACUUAAUGUUUAAGUUCCCUGUUUAAGAAAUAGAAAACAUACGAAUCUUCUUAUUUCAUGGGAAUAUCCUGAGUCUGCAAUCACGACUUCAAUUUUUGAAUUACAGAAUAAUUAGAUGCACUAUCUAGUGUAUAUAAGAUAUCUAUGGCUCCUGCCAACACGUUUUUUUUUCUUUGAUUUUCCUAUUACUCUAUAGCGUUAAAAACGUGAAAUUUCAGGUUCAUUUAGAGAAAAAAUAACUUGCAGCAUCAGAAAGCUUACAAAACACUACAUAUAAGACAUUUACGGUUACCUUGAUUUUUCAAGUUCUUCUUGAGUUACGAACUUUUGAAAACGUGUUUUCAGACUAGUGCCCAGGAUUUAUCGCGCUUUUUUGGCCUAUUUUUGACAUUUUGGAACAGCAACAACUCGAACAGAGCUUGAAAAAUCAAGAUAACCGUUUAAAUGUCUUACGUGUAGUUUUUUCAAUGUAAGCAUGGGCGUACCGGAAGGAAAAAAUUAGGGGGGCGGAAAGAAAAUUGCCCGACUUUUCGGGAUUCUGCCCGACUAGUACCAAAAAUUUUUUUCCGGAAAAAUUAUUUUGGCGACCUCCCCCCCCCCCAAAAAAAAUUUCGGCCAGUGUACCAUUUUAGGGGUCAAAAAAAUUUUCCGGACAACCAAUAUUUUCCGGAACAUAACACAAAUUUUCGAAAAAUCACAAAAUUUGCCAAAAAAUUGAGUUAAUUUUAGACAAAAUUGACAGAAUUUGUCCCAUUUUUUUUUAUUGCAAACCAAAAUUGCCCGACUGUUGAUCGAAUAUUGCCCGACUGCCCAAAAAACUGGGGGGGCUGCCGCCACCCCCCGCCCG